AUGGACCGAACAAAGAUGUUAUCGUUUCAAAUCGAGUCGAUUGCUGCCGAUGAAAAGCUUCAAAAGGACAUUUCAAUUUUGCCAUCGAAUUAUACCUUCGAAAUACCAAAGACGAUUUGGAAAAUUCGCUCAACUUCCGCCAAAUAUGUUGCCCUACAAUUCCCUGAAGGUCUUUUAAUGUAUGCGAGUGUGAUAGCCGACAUAUUGGAAAAGUAUACGAGUUGCGAAACGGUGAUAAUGGGCGAUGUCACAUACGGAGCUUGCUGUGUUGAUGACUAUACUGCUAAAGCACUCGGAUGUGAUCUGCUUGUUCACUAUGGCCAUAGUUGUCUUGUGCCAAUUCAGAAUACGGAGGGUAUCAGCAUGCUUUACAUUUUUGUGAACAUUGAUAUAAAUAUUACCCACUUUUUGGACUCGAUAAAGACAAAUUUUCAACCCGAUAAAAGGCUUGCCUUGUCAAGAAUCUUCUCGAAAAAAGAUGGUUUCCAAGUUGAGAUGCCGCAAUGUAAGCCGUUGAGCCCUGGGGAGAUUUUGGGAUGCACAUCACCAAGACUUUCAAAAGAUGUUGAUGCUUUAAUUUAUCUCGGAGAUGGACGUUUUCAUUUGGAGUCGGCAAUGAUGCACAAUCCUCAAGUGCCGGCUUUUCAAUAUGAUCCGUAUUCGCGAAAACUAACGAGGGAAAUAUUAAAAUUGUUGAGGAACUUGAGAAAAAGCUACUGGAGAAGGGAAAAGGAUAUGUGCGGGUACUUUUUGUCGGAAAUUUUCCCUUCAAAACUGGCGCUUCUAUCGGACGUUGAUUGUUGGGUACAAGUUGCAUGCCCAAGAUUAUCGAUUGAUUGGGGUAGCUCGUUCCCGCGUCCGCUUCUUUCACCGUACGAAUUGAACGUUGCUCUCGAAUCCGUUGAAGGGCCGAAAGACUUUUACCCAAUGGAUUUCUAUGCGAAUGAUUCUCUCGGUCCAUGGACUAACAAUCAUGAGUCGAUCCGCCCGAAAAGAGAACGACGGCGAGAAAAGGUCGUCGUUGCCCAAAGUUGU